CUUUCUUACUUAUUAUCAUCUUCAAACAUCUUCUUCUUCUUCUUCUUUUCUUCAUCAUCAUUACUAUUAUAUUCUGAAAAGUCCAAAAAAUAUUAGUCAUCUUUCUUGUCUAACUACACAUCUACUAUUAUAACUUUACUAAAAAUUUUACUCUCUUUUGGAUUUUUUUUCUUCUUGUGUGACCUUUCCUAGUGGCCACCUUCGUCACUCUAUCAUCCAUCUCUUUCUCUCUCUCUCUCUGUUUUUCUCUCUGUCUCUAUCUUUCUGUCUCUCUCUGUCUCUCGCUUCCUCUUUUUGUUUUCGUCUUCUCGGUUCUCCUCUACUCUUUUACUGCUGACUUGGUUUUUGCUUUAAAUAUAUAUUUAAUAUAAAUAUAAUAUUAAUUAUAUUUUGUUGGUAAAUUGAAAUCAACAAAAUUUUACAUUUAAUUUUGUGUCUCUCUGUAUAAAAACAAAUUUAUUGUGUUUACUCCUUUUCACCAGCAACACACACACACUUUUCAACACCACACCACCUUCAUUUUUCAUCUAGUUACCAACACAUAACCAUCACCACCCCUUAAGCAUCUUUAAUACAUCUAUUAAUUCAGUUUAAAAAACAUCACCUUUAAAACACUUUCUAUUACUAAUUUACUGCCCCCUCAGCAACAAAGAAAAAAAAAAUCAAGAAAUGGAUAAAGACGAUUUGGUUCAAAGAGCUAAAUUAGCCGAACAAGCUGAAAGAUAUGACGACAUGUCACAGGCCAUGAAACAAGUCACCGAGACAGGAGUGGAAUUAAGCAAUGAAGAGAGGAACUUAUUAUCCGUUGCCUACAAGAACGUCGUUGGUGCUCGUCGGUCAUCAUGGAGAGUCAUUUCUAGCAUAGAACAAAAGACUGAGGGAAGUGAAAGGAAACAGCAAAUGGCUCGAGAAUACCGGGGUAAAGUGGAAAAAGAAUUGAUUGAAAUUUGCGACGAAGUCUUGGCUCUCCUAGAUAAAUAUUUAAUAUCCAAGGCAAGUAAUGCGGAGAGCAAAGUAUUCUACUUAAAAAUGAAAGGCGAUUAUUAUCGGUAUCUGGCAGAAGUAGCCACUGGUGAUCAGAGAAACAAGGUGGUGGAAGAAUCUCAAAAAGCAUACCAGGAAGCUUUUGAUAUAAGUGUGGUUGAGGAGUCACAGAAAGCAUAUCAAGAAGCAUUUGACAUUAGCAAAAGUAAAUUGCAGCCAACUCACCCCAUUAGAUUGGGCCUAGCUCUCAAUUUCUCGGUUUUCUAUUAUGAAAUUCUUAAUGCGCCUGAUCGGGCUUGUCAUUUGGCAAAGCAGGCAUUCGAUGACGCCAUUGCCGAAUUGGACACACUUAAUGAAGACUCUUAUAAAGAUAGUACGCUCAUAAUGCAGCUCCUCAGAGAUAAUCUUACGCUCUGGACAUCAGAUACAGCAGGGGAUGGAGAUGAACAACAGGAGGGUGAAGCCAACUAAUAGUCUACGAUUAUAUCCACCCGCUGCAUUGCCCUCAUCUUUUAACAUCAACACUAUUAUUAUAAAAGCAAAAAGAUUAAGAAGUGAAAUCGAGAAGCGAUGUUCGAUACGAAAAUCAGGCAAAAACCCGCCUCUCCAAAUAGACCGACACCCUUAAUCUGUAUUUCUCUUCCUUUACUUCUUUCCCUUUCUCUGUCACUUUUUUCUCUUUCUCUUCUCUUCUCUCACUUUAUUCUUUCUCUUUUCUCUCUCUCUCUCUCUUUCUUCUCUCUUAUCCCUGCACUUCUCUUGAAGUUUCAAAGAUGAAUACCUCUCAAAAAUCUUUCUUUCAUUCUUUUCUCUUGCAAACAAAAAACCAUCUCUCUCCCGGUUUAAUUCAUCAUUUAACUGAUGAAUUAGAUUGAUUAAAUAAUAAUAACCAAAAUAAAGCGACUCAAUCCUCUUCA